ACUUCCUCUUAUCUCAAAACUCAUCCUUAAAGAAGAAGGAAACACCACUAGAGAAAGACAAACAAGCAAGUCCCUUCUCUCCUUCUUAUCAUCUUCAUCCCUUAUCAAUCUAUAUUAAGAAUACACUCUCCUACUAGGGCUAACAACUUUAGGGUUGCCCAAAAUGGGAAGAUCUCCUUGUUGUGAGAAGGCUCACACAAACAAAGGGGCUUGGACUAAGGAAGAAGAUGAGAGGCUCAUCUCCUACAUCAAAGUUCACGGUGAAGGAUGUUGGCGGUCUCUCCCAAAAGCCGCCGGCUUGCUUCGGUGUGGCAAGAGUUGCCGUCUUCGGUGGAUCAACUAUCUUAGGCCAGACCUUAAGCGUGGAAACUUCACUGAAGAAGAGGAUGAGCUUAUCAUUAAGCUCCACAGCUUGUUAGGAAACAAGUGGUCUAUAAUUGCCGGCCGGCUUCCAGGAAGGACCGAUAACGAGAUCAAGAACUAUUGGAACACUCACAUCAAGCGGAAACUCCUUAGCCGUGGUCUAGACCCUCAAACACACCGGCCACUCAACCGCGCUGCCCUGACCACCACCUCCUACCGACCGGAGAACGCUAGAGGUCCCGAUACCGUUCCCCGGGAGACCACAGACUCUAUAGAGGAAGGACAUAGCAGUGGAACAAGCAUGGAUGAAGAUCAGUCAUCUGAAAUCAAUCUUGAGCUUUCUAUAAGCUUGCCAUAUGCUUCUGCUAAACCACCAUGUACUUCACCUAAGGUUGCAUGUGCACCGUCUCAAGCAAUUUGCUUGUGCUAUGAUCUUGGAUUAAGGAGGGGUGAAGCUUGUAGCUGCCAAAGCAUCAAAAGUUCACAAGUUAUUAGUUACUUUAGACCACUGGAAGAAAUUAAAUUUGGGUUGUAACUUUAUAAAUUGACUAUAAAUAUAUACAUGUUGAGUAGUUUUUAUAGAAGAAUUUCGUUUUUUUUUU